AUGAGCAAACGAAACAGACAAGAUUUUGAAAAUCAUCAAUUCAUUAAUUCGGAGGAGAUAUUCACUAAUAAUAAUAAUAAUAAUAAUAAUUUGGAAGAGAAAGCAAAAAAAAUUGUGAAACUCGAUCAAGAAAUAUUUUCGGAUGAUGUUUGUUUUGAAAUAAUUUGCAUGAUUGAUGAUUCGUGGUUUAUUUUGAAUAAUUGUUCCUUGAUUUCAAAACAAUUCCUUUCUGUGAUCAAGGAACGUUCAAAACUUGUUAUUCAAUUUAAAAAAAAAUUUGCAUUGAAGAGAAUUGAAUUAUUCAGGAAGAGUCAAUUUAUGAAUUGUAUUGUUAAUGUUAAAUUUUCUAGUUGGACGCUUGAUGCAUUUGAACAACCCAAAUUCAUAAGUGGAAUGAAACAAUUGACAUCAGUUGAUAUUUCUGGCAAUCGAAUUGGUAUAGAAGGAGCCAAAUCAAUAAGUGAAAUGAAACAAUUAACAUCACUUAAUAUUUCUAACAAUAUAAUUGGUGUUGAAGGAGCCAAAUCUAUAAGUGGAAUGAAACAUUUAACAUCACUUGAUAUUUCUGGCAAUCGAAUUGGUGAUGAAGGAGUCAAAUCUAUAAGUGAAAUGGAACAAUUAAUAUCACUUGAUAUUUCUACGAAUGUAAUUGGUGGUGAAGGAGCCAAAUUCAUAAGUGAAAUGAAACAAUUGACAUCACUUGACAUAUUUUACAAUCGAAUUGGUGGUGAAGGAGCCAAGUUAAUAAGUGAAAUGAAACAAUUAACAUCACUUAAUAUUUCUACGAAUGAAAUUGAUGUAGAAGGAUCCAAAUUAAUAAGUGAAAUGAAACAAUUAACAUCACUUAAUAUUUCUGGCAAUCUAAUUGGUGUAGAAGGAGUCAAAUCUAUAAGUGGAAUGAAACAAUUAACAUCACUUAAUAUUUCUGGCAAUCUAAUUGGUGAUGAAGGAGCCAAAUUGAUAAGUGAAAUGAAACAAUUAACAUCACUUGAUAUUUAUAACAAUCGAAUUGGUGAUGAAGGAGUCAAAUCUAUAAGUGAAAUGAAACAAUUAACAUCAUUUGAUAUUUCUAACAAUCUAAUUUAUGAUGAAGGAGCCAAAUCUAUAAGUGGAAUGAAACAAUUAACAUCACUUACUAUUUCUAACAAUCGAAUUGGUGGUGAAGGAGUCAAAUUCAUAAGUGAGAUCAAACAAUUAACAUCACUUAAUAUUUCCAAGAAUGAAAUUGAUGGUGAAGGAGCCAAAUUCAUAAGUGGAAUGAAACAAUUAACAUCACUUACUAUUUAUAAGAAUGGAAUUGGUGAUGAAGGAGUCAAAUCUAUAAGUGAAAUGAAACAAUUAACAUCACUUGAUAUUUCUAACAAUCGAAUUGGUGAUGAAGGAGUCAAAUCUAUAAGUGAAAUGGAACAAUUAAUAUCACUUGAUAUUUCUACGAAUGUAAUUGGUGGUGAAGGAGCCAAAUUCAUAAGUGAAAUGAAACAAUUAACAUCACUUGACAUUUCUGGCAAUCUAAUUUAUGAUGAAGGAGUCAAAUCAAUAAGUGAAAUGAAACAAUUAACAUCACUUAAUAUUUCUGGCAAUCAAAUAGGUGUUGAAGGAGCCAAAUUCAUAAGUGAAAUGAAACAAUUAACAUCACUUGAUAUUUCUAAGAAUGAAAUUGGUGAUGCAGGAGCCAAAUUCAUAAGUGAAAUGAAACAAUUAACAUCACUCGAUGUUUAUGCCAAUCGAAUUAGUGAUGAAGCAAAAUUAUUAACAUCACUUAAUGAAUUCUAUAUUUAA